UCCCACGUGGUGGCGACAUACGCUAACUCUCAGGUCUGCUGUGUUGUCUUAAAUACUACUCCAGUUCAAUGCUUUGCCAUGCCCUGUGGAGCUCCCAACAUCAAAUGUCGGCGAUGUGGACGGUGAAGGUGCUCGGCCUGGCCGCGGUGGCGCUCCCUCUCGGCGUGGAGCUGCUCGGCCUGCUCCUCCGGCGCCUCAGGCCGGCGAAGACCCUCAACGAGGUCCUCUUCUUUCCCUCUGAGCUUGCCUGCGUUGAGCACAUCUUCACCUCCCUGUCGCCAGGGUCCUGUCUCUGCCCGUUGCCCCACGGCGUGGAGACCUCUCUGUCCCGUCUUCUCCGCCUCGUCCUGUCCGCCGUCUCCUCUCUGGACUUGUGUGUCUUCGCCUUCUCCAACCAGAACCUGAGCAGGGCGGUGCUGGCGCUGCGCGCCCGGGGCGUCGCCGUCCGCAUCCUCUCCGACAGGGAUUACGUCGCCGUUUCUGGCUCCCAGAUAGGGGUCCUCCGCAAGGCGGGGAUCUGCGUGCGCUGCGACGCCAACUCCGUCCACAUGCAUCACAAGUUCGCUCUGGUGGACGGCCGGCUGCUCAUCACCGGCUCCCUCAACUGGACGCUGACGGCGGUGCAGAGCAACACGGAGAACCUCGUGGUCACCGAGGAGGCGGAGCUGGUGCGACCCUUCGCCGAGGAGUUCCACAGGUUGUGGGAACGCAACGACCCGGCCAGGUGCCUCCGCCCCAAGUGACCCAAACACAACUCUGAUUCCAGAACCUACGACUGCCUGAUGAUUGGAAGUUUCAUGGCAAGUUUGGUUUUAAAUGUGUUAUCAGAAGAGUCUUGUUCAUUUAUCAGACUGAAUCUACAGUUAAGUUCAGGUUCCUGUUUGAUUUCACUUUGUUUGGCACCAAGCUUUAUAUUUUGUUCAUAUUGUGUCACGAGUUAACAUUAUUUCUAGUUGCAUUUUGUUUCUCCCAUAACAUGAUAAAAUGCAUCUUAUUUCUUUAUGUUCAUAAUGUAAUACAUAUAUUACAUCAUAUUUGAUCUGCCUUAGUACUAAAGGGAUUAUCUAGCUCGUUAGGAAUUUGAGUGUAACACCUUUUAUUUAGAAUACCACAUUUCAAAACAAAAUCAUUCACACACUGGAAGAGCUGUGGAUGAUUUUCUUUUGAAAUGUAAAUACACUAAAUACAUCCCGUGUAAUGUUUCGGGCAUGUUACGGCCGAGCACCAAUAAUAAAAACACUGUUUCACGCUG